AUGUCUGAUAGUGUCAAUAGUGUUAAUGAGCUCCCCAUAAUAAUCGAUGGAAAACCUUAUCCGGAUAUCACAAAAAACCCACCACAGGAGAUAGCCACAACUGCUUUUACACUGGGCAUAUUACUCGGAGUGUUUCUAGGUCUACUACCUGUCCUGCAUUUUAAAAGCUUCAAUCUUUACAUUAUUGCCCUCUCAUUAUUCCACUUUUUAGAAUACUACAUUACGGCGAAGUAUAAUCCUGGUAAAGUCCAUAACGAAUCCUUUUUACUAAAUAAUGGUGUGGGAUAUUUAGCUGCUCAUUUAGCUGCUACAAUCGAAUGUUUCUUAGAGUGCCUCUUCUUCCCUCAUUUAAAGUCAUACACUCCUUUGCAUAAAGCACUGGCCGUCGUUGGUGGUAUACUUGUUUUAAUUGGCCAAGUUGCAAGAACAUUGGCAAUGUCUACUGCCGCUCAAUCUUUUUCUCAUGUAUUGAAGACCAAAAAGGAAAAGGAUCACGUUCUUGUGAAGUCUGGGCUCUACAAAUAUCUAAGACACCCGAGCUAUUUUGGCUUCUUUUGGUGGGCAUUGGGUACACAACUACUUUUACUCAACCCAAUAUCAUUCGUUGUAUUCGUGGGUGUACUAUGGAGAUUCUUUAGUAAAAGAAUUGCAGUUGAGGAGAAGUACUUGAUAAAUUUUUUUGGGAAAGAAUAUAUAGUUUAUAAAGAUAGCGUCAGCACAUGGAUACCAUUUAUAAAUUGA